AAUGGAACUCAGAGUGAGACACUCACACUGCACUGCUAAGGAGUCCAGAAGUGAGACCAGUUAAACCAGUGCAAGACUUCUGAAUAUCUGGAGAUACCAGCUGCCAGUAGCCACAUACAUUCUUUAGUGACUUUUUAAGACCUUGCUCUUAGCUGUAAACAUCUCAGGACCAUCUCAGGACCAUCUCAAGAACAUCUCAAGACCUUUCAGCAUCCAGAACCAAGUCUACUUUCCUUUACGUUCUUCCAACUUCGAAACCAUCUUCCUUGCCUUGGACGUGGAAUGGCGUCCACUGAGGUCCUCCGAGUUUAUCAGGUGAUUCAUCACAAGACCAGGAUGCCCAGAUCUUCUGACCACGUCCCUCCAAAGCCCCUCACACCCUUCAGCAUCGCCGACAUCCUCAGCAAGCCGUCCAUCAAGCCAUCCAUACCGAGAGUUGGCACCUGCAGGGGCGUCAGCUGGAGCGUGAAGGUGCGAGGCCGGAGUUCAGGAACCCCUCAGGAGCCUUCAGCCCUCAGCGCCCUCCAGGAGCUCACCAACAACACCUUCAGAGCCAUGGAGCUGGUCACCACCGCGGCGCCACCAGCGGGAGGUAAAGAUGAACUCGCUCUUGUCGCUCAGAGGAUCCACCCGAAAAAGCGCAGAAAGGCCAGAACGGCGUUCACCAACCACCAGCUGUGUGAGCUGGAGAAGCGCUUCCUAUUCCAGCGGUACCUGUCCCCCGCGGACCGGGACCGGAUAGCGCAGCAGCUGGGCCUGACCAACGCUCAGGUCAUCACCUGGUUCCAGAACCGCCGGGCCAAGCUGAAGCGGGACCUGGACGAGAUGAGAGCGGACGUGGAAUCCACCAGAGCCCUGGGAAGCACAACCGCCCUGCCUGACCUGCAGAGGAGCGGAGACGGGGCCAGGGGCCCCUCAGGGCCAGAGGCCCCUGAGACCUCUCAGCUGGACCACGGGAAGAAAUUGGCGCACAAAUUGAGCCUGGCCCCUGCGCUGGCCUUCUCAGACCACACAAGUCAACACAGCUCUGGAGAACACGACGACGACGAUGAUGAUGAAGAUGAUGCUCAUAAAGAAGAUGAAGAUGUGGAGAUCGAUGUAGACGACUGACAGAGAGACACAGCAAAAUUAAAGCCUGAAAGACUUUGUGUGAAAUUGUUUAUUGUUUUAAUAUGGAGCAGUUUUUAUUUUUUAAACUAUGGAUUUUAAAUAUGUUUCUAAUAGUAAGUGAUUUUAUAUGGUAUUAGAAUACAAAUCAGUAUUUUUGUAAUAAAUAUGUUAAUGAUAAUAAUAAAUCAGGUAAACAAAUGAAAAAGUGUUUUAUGAGUAUUUAUAGGAGAUACAUUUUUUCCAAAGGAUUCUAUUUUGACACAAAAAUACAAAAUAAAAGCCCUAUGAACUACUG